AUGGCCUCCUUUCGCUCUGCCUACCUCUCGGAAUCCGACUUCCAAACCAUGGCUGCCAACAAAAUCAACACCGUGCGCAUCCCCGUGGGAUACUGGAUCAUGGAAAGCCCUGCCAUCUCGCCUUCAGAAUUCCCCUUUCCCUCCGGAGCUCUUGCUUCUCUAGAUUGGGCAUUCCGGAUGGCGAAUAAGUAUGGGAUUCGCGUGUGGUUCUCUCCUCAUGCAGUCUUCGGCACGAAUUCGGGGUUUCUCGGCGGGAGGUCUGGCCUCUGCGAGUUUUCUGUGCGGAACAACACCGUGCGGACUCUGGAUAUGAUCGAGUUUUUAGUUAAGCGUUACGCUGCCGAUCCGGCUUUUCUCGGGCUCGGAUUGAUGAACGAGCCUCUCGCGCCGUGGAAUUACGGGCUAAUGUCGGGAAUAUCUAUCGACCUUCUGUCGUGGUACUAUAAGAGCGCGUACGAUGUCGUUCGGAAGUACUCACCGUGCGCGUACAUCGCUUUAGAGGGGCGCGUGGGGAGCUCUAUAUGGGAGGUGCACUGGUUGCUGUAUGGCACGUGGCAUACUAAUAUAGUGCUGGAGCAGCACAUGUAUAAUGUGUUCUAUGGAUGGGACGGGCUGACUCCUCAGCAGGAGGUGGAUCAGACGCUAACGGGGCGACUGGAAGAAAUCAAGGGGCUACAAUCGUGGGGAAUGCCAGUGCUAGUAGGAGAGUGGUGUCUGUCAAUGCGCAACCCAGACCCCUCAGUCACAGCCCAGUUCGGCCUAAACCAGCUCAAAGCCUUCUCCACAGCCAAGGCUGGCUGGUUCUUCUGGUCUUACAAGCACAACAUCUCAGGCUGGGAUCACUGGAGCUUUGUCAAGAGCUCAGCCAAUGGGUGGCUGCCACGUAAGCCAGAUGGGUCAUGGUGGUAA